UUUGUAAUUUUUUGCCUGACACGGAAUCGGAAUAUAGAGGCUUCUGCUAACGAUAUAUUUCACCGUUCGCACUUGUUUACGUUUGCCAUUAAAAAAAUUCAAAUAAAAAAGCUAGCAAAUAUAAGCGCUUAAAUCGCCGGUGGUAAAGAUAUAGAACGUGUGCCGUUGUGCGUCGGUGGAUCGGUGAAUUAUGUGCGUUUAACAACUUCAACAAAAAAAACCAGAAAGAGCGAAAGAAAGAAGCGGAGGAGUAGUAAACGUCCAAAGAGGAAGCCGUAAAGGAAAGCCAAAAGAAAAGCAGGAGAGAGGAGCAGGUGAAACAGGUGGACGUAGGAGAUUUAUCCACCCAACAAAAAAAAAAAGGAAAAACAACAAAAAAAAAACCAACAUCGCCAGCAGGUGACAGCCAAGCAGAAAGUCAGCACAAAUAUGUCUAGCGAUUCGAGUCGAAGGAUUCAGGUGCCCGAGGAGCUGAAGGAGGUGCUGCUGCAGUUUUCGAUCUCGUUCCUGGUGGAACAGCCACCGGAUGUGAUCGACUAUGCCGUGGAAUACUUCACCAAGCUCCAGGCCGAGCGUCCAAGCGCUUCUCACACCGAUCAAAGUACCGAUGACCAACUGAGCGUCAACUCACAGGAUGCCGAUGCUGAACCACCAGUUAUGGCCAGCUCGCGCCGCAAAUCAGUUUUCGCCGAGGCCUAUGAUCCGGAGGCGGAUGACGAUGAUGAUGGUGCCACCGCCGUCUUCCCCAAGACAGAUGAACAGCGUGCCCGACUGGUGGAGUCGGUGAAGAAUGUCCUCCUCUUCCGAUCCCUCGAAAAGGAGCAGAUGAACCAAGUCCUGGAUGCGAUGUUCGAGCGAAAGGUUCAGCCGGGCGACUAUAUCAUCCGCCAGGGCGACGAUGGCGAUAACUUUUAUGUUAUUGAAUCUGGCGUCUACAAAGUCUAUAUUAAUGACAAGCACAUUAACACCUACAAUCACACUGGACUCUUUGGUGAAUUAGCGCUGCUCUACAAUAUGCCCAGAGCGGCCACUGUGCAGGCGGAAACGAGUGGUCUACUUUGGGCCAUGGAUCGCCAGACCUUCCGACGCAUCCUGCUGAAGUCGGCCUUCAGGAAGCGGAAAAUGUACGAGGAGCUGUUGAACAGCGUGCCCAUGCUGAAGGCCUUGCAGAACUACGAACGCAUGAAUCUGGCGGAUGCUUUGGUUUCAAAGAGCUACGACAAUGGCGAACGCAUCAUCAAGCAGGGUGACGCCGCCGAUGGCAUGUACUUCAUCGAGGAGGGCACCGUGUCUGUGCGCAUGGACCAGGAUGAUGCCGAGGUGGAGAUCUCGCAGCUGGGCAAAGGCCAGUACUUUGGCGAACUGGCGCUGGUGACACAUCGACCCCGAGCGGCCUCCGUCUACGCCACGGGCGGCGUUGUUAAGCUAGCAUUCCUCGAUGUGAAGGCAUUUGAGCGUUUGUUGGGUCCCUGCAUGGAUAUUAUGAAGCGCAAUAUUGACGACUACGAGUCGCAGUUGGUGAAGAUAUUUGGCAGCAAAAACAAUAUCACCGAUACACGAUAAAAAGUCUGAACAACAAAACCAACCAACCAACCAACCAACCAACCAACCAACCAACAACAACAAACCACCAUCAGCAACAGCAACAACAAAAACAGCAACUAAAACUUAAAGAAAGGUCACCUGCAGGCUUCUUAGGACUUUAUUUUGUAACCACGUUUCUUUGAAAUUGAGCAAUAAUAAUACACAAACAGCUAAAAAGAAAACUAAACAAAACAACAAACACAACAAAGCACAAAUACCAAACAAACACACAAGGACACAAAAAUCAUUUAAACUUAAUCAUGAAUAUUUGAUAAUUGAAAUUAAUCUAUAAUACUACGAUAAUAAUGAUGAUGAUGAGAUGAUGAUAAUGUUGAUCAUGUUGGGGCGAAGCUUAGCAAUGUUUCUAAUCAUAAAAAAACAAAAAACAAAAACAAAGCAAGUUAAGAAUUGUAUUGUAUGUAUUUAGCAAUUGUAAUUUGUAAUGUAUUUAAAAAUUGAGCAAAAAUGAAUUCAAAUGCAAUCAGCAAUGAGAGAAAAACAACAAGAACGAUUGGCUCAACGGGAAUGUUAAAAGAAAAACGUACUAAUUUAAGUUUUGUUUAUUCAUAACCUUUUUGUUAUCCAUUGAUUUAUUCAUAAUUAAUUUAGAAAAUAACGCAAACACUUGUUUAAUUGGCUGCUAAUUAACUGAUAAGCAACAACAAAAUAUAUCAAAUAAGAGCAAAUUGAACACAAAAACAAAAAACAAACAAACACACACACAGACACACAUCAGUGAAGAAUGUUUCCCCAAAACAAAAAUAUCAAGUAUUCGCCUAGGGGAACCCCAAUUAAUGUAUGUAUAUGUAUGUACUAGUCUAUACAUGAAACAACUGGACAGCUGGGCAGGUGUUUCGGCCAUCGGAGAGAGAGAGAGAUAGAGAGAGAGAGAGAGUGUGUAGGGAAUGAGUAUAUAUCAGAUUUGCAAGCCCCCGAGAUGUAGGUUUUCCACUUCCUAAAGCGAUCUCACAGGAUGUUAUUGUUAUUCACAGUUCUCGGAACUCGAAACUCGGAAAGAAAACAAAUUAUGUAAUGCUAAAGGCACAAUCAAUAUGUUGCAUGGGAUCAACUUAGAACAAAAAAACUUUGAGAAAAACUAGCGAAAAAAUACGAAAUUUAGCAGAGGUUUGAGGAGAACGGGGAAGAGUUGUGUGCACCAGGGUGACAUUUGCUUAAGCCGCUUUAAAAAAUAUAUAUAAAUAAAGAUAUACAUAUAUUCUUUAUUUGUCAGGCCAUAGCGAAAACGAAUCAAAGCAAUAUCGACGGCCUGGUUAAUGUGUACUUAGUAUAUCCCUGUUUUUGUUGCUGUUCACAAUACCUGUACUGUACUACCCUAUACCCUAUACAAUAUACCCUAUACCCUAUACCCUAUACCUAUAUCUCUAUUUAUAUAACUGAAUGAGCUUAAAAACGUAUGGUAAAGCCUAAAGCCUAAACCUAAAACUAAACCUUAAUGACUCCAACUACUUUAUAUGAGUGUAACCGUAUUGUUUUGAACAAAACAGCGUAACUAAACAAAUCUUAGUGGGAUAAUCAAAGAGAACUUGCAUAUGUGUAGGUAUAAUAUUAAAUUAAAUUAAAUCAAUUCAACUGGCAUACCAGCAGUCGACAGGUGUUCAAAGCUAAAAAGAAACUAAGAAGAAACAUAUAAAGAAACCGAAAAUAUCAUAUAUGUAAAAUUGCUACAAAUCGUUCAAA